GCUGACCUUGAGGUUGGUGGCGUUCCAAGUGUUCUGGUUGUAUUCGCUUUUGUGGAGUAUUCCAAUGCUAAGGUAGAUUACGUGAGUGAUAAACUUUUUUGACGAUAAACAUCGUGAAAUGCCUCUUGUAUUUUCGAAUCAAAAUUAUUCAAAUCCACACCCAAAUGAUCAGGAGCUUGUCAAACAGCUGACAGACUUGAUUCGACAGAAUGUUCCAUACUCUAAACGACUUCAUGUUUUGGGAAUACUCUCCUUUACUACAGAUAAUGGUUGUGAAAAAUUUAUCAAGAUUGAUUCUUCUUUUUCUGCUAGUAGUGAGGCAACGCCUGACGAUUCUCCGACCCAAAAUGACAGCUCCAUUUCAAAUUCUGUUAACGAGUCUACUAAUUGUAACCUACAAAAGGAGGAGUGUGCUGAAACUUUUCCGCAAAACGCUCAAGUAGAACAGCACAGCUCUACUCACUCUCCUGGUGCUUCUCCUCCUCUUUUACCACCAUCAGUUAUUCAAAUAAAUAGGGCGGGGAAAGCAGAUGAAAGACCAGUUCAGAAUUCAUCCGAAGACAGCUUGGUCUCACAGUCUUCCGAAACUGCUUUGUCUAAUGAAUAUGAGACAGACGGUAAGACUCUCCGUCGUUGUCGAAGAAAAUGUCGCAAUCCUAAACGUCAGAUUUUUGACUCCGACUCACAUGUUGGAGACAGUGAUGUGGAAGAUGCUGGUACUGAUGUUGAGGAUACGGUACAUAAUAACAAAGCCCAAGAUAAUGACCCGAUUCCCGCCAAAAUUCCACGAAUGGAGACAGACGUAGUUGUUAGUGUUUCUAUUCCUUGUGCUAAAGAAAUCCAAACAACCACAGUUUCUAACUGCGACAGUGAUUUAAUUUCUCCUUCAUUGAGUAAUAAUCCGCAAGAGGUAACGCUCUCAACUGCAUUUUCUACUACUCCAGCGGUCUCUAGUUUAUCUUUUGUCCCGAUGCAGUAUGCUACUAUUAAUAAAUGCUUGAAUCCACAGGCAAACUCAGCUGACAUUACUGCCCUUUCGAAUAGUCAGCUAAAUUCUGGGACAAAGUACGCUAUUUCUGCAAAAACUCUAGGUUUGGGAGAUCUUGGUGAUUUGUGUGGGAUUUUACCGAUUAAUACGCUUUUAGGAAAGACAUUAAUAUCUGGGAGUGAUGUGAACAUAUCGUCGAAGCUGGUCUUUGCCAAUAAUACUGGUACUGCUGUAUCUACAAGUGGUACAGAUACUGUCAACCAUUCUGGAUUUUCACAGCCAAUUAAUCAAUGUAUUAGUGCGGCAUCCUGUACAAACCAGAAUUUGAUGCUGAAUCCAAACUUGGCUGCUGCCGUCGCAGCAGCAAUUUCUAACUCUUCACUAGCAUUCUCAGGUAGUAGUUCGUUGGUCAGUAAUGGAUCUAGUCUUGCUACAAGCAUACCUACGUUGACCGCUCCUUCUAUAGCUUUAACAGGACCAUCUGGUGAAAUUCUGGGUACUAUACCAAUAGCUUCUACUAAUUCGCCGCAAAAUAUCUUGUCUCCUGCUCUGGGAAAUAAUGUCCAACCUUCGUCUAUGAAUAGUUCUUUGACGACGGUUAGUGUCACUUUACCAUCCAAUCCAAAUACUGGUUCCUCAGCUGGUUUGGUAAACACCUUAAACUGGUUACGUUGUGCUACAACUCUGCCAGAAUCUGGUUCGCACCAAGUCAUAGGUAAUUUCACUCCAGCCAAUAGUGCUCCAUCGUUCUCUGUUGCAUCUGGAAAUCCAGUUGCACUCUUACAUUCUCUAGUCACUCAGCAACAAGGAGUUCAGGCUCAAAUACAUAAACAGCAAUCACUGCAACCAACUUUCUCGGUGGGACCUACUUUAGCUUUAAUUGGUACCUUGGGAUUAAAUUCUCCUGUAUCAUGUACUGUUUCUGGACAGCAUCCAUCUGAAACAACAUUCACAUCGAAUACAGGUUUAUCGACUUCAGUAUCAACAGUCUUACCUACUACCUUACAUAACAAUAUCCAACCAAGUCCUGCUAAUAAUAAUGCAGCUUUAGUCGCCGCUGCUUUGUUGCGAAGCUUGACUAAUGUUAAGCACCUGAACCAGGAAUUAACUGAUCCAAAUAGUAUUGAUACAAAUUCAUACAAUCCUCCAGCAUCUCUCACCUUAAUUACAAAUAGUAUCCCAUCUUCGAUUAAUGCUGCUGCGACAACAAGACCCAGUAUACUUGGAUUGGAAGAAUCAGGAGGAUCUGUAAGUGGUAUUUUAGCUAGCAGAAUAGCACAGUCAACUCUAAAUGUAUCAGCCUUAAGUUCAAGUUUAAAUAGUGUUGUUAGUUCAAAUCAAGCUCCAACUAUAUGCAAUGCUAUUUCCACUCCUACACAAACUAUAUCUACUCGCAGUUCUAUUAUGCUUUCAUAUCCUCGUGGAGGAACAGAAAUGAAUCUGCUACUAACCCCAGCGUCUGGACACACAUUCGGAACGUCACAGUUAACUCCACUUACAGCUGUUCCAGCAGCUCUUUCAUUUCAAGGGUUGCCUACAUCUCAACCUACUAGCUUAACAUUGACUUCUCCUGUUGUAUUUCAUACUCCAGUUACAUCUACUGUGAUUCAAACUACAAGUGCUAUUUCUGAAAGUACCAUAACAACAACAAGUUCUUAUACUGGUAUACCUUCCACUGCAUUUGAUCAGACAUCACGUAAACCUGAAAAAAGUUUGACUUCUAUAACAGACAGUAGUCAUAAGGUAACUUCGAGUACAAAUCAAACACCAGUUUCAAGCUCCGAUCCCACUUCAUCUGCUAUUGACAGGAUUUUACAAACUAUCAAGGGAUGUAUGAGUGCUAAUGCAAACAAAGAGUCGGAAAAUAAACUGAGAAUACGCAGAAACGAGAGUACUAACACAUACCAAACAGUGAACAGUGAUGAGGCUAAUAGCCAUAGAGUAAAUGAUGCCAGAAAAACAAUUCCCAACAAAUUUUCUGCUGUAAAUAAGAAUGGUGUUUCACUUGAAAAUGAUUGUGUUUCUCGUUCGGCAUCGUCUGUUGAUCGCUUACCUCUUCCACCAUUACAAAAAGGCAUUACAGAGUCGUCAGAUACUUGUUCACCACUUUCAGUUAACAAGCUUUACAGAUGCAGAUACUGUGGAAAAACCUUUAAUAGGAAAUUUUGUCGUGAACGACAUGAAAGACUUCAUACAGGUGUGAAACCAUAUUCGUGUGAGAUUUGUGAUGAGAAAUUCAUUCGUCUUGAAGACAAAAAGCGACAUGUUAGAUCAUUACAACACUAUCUUUCUGGCAGAGGAUCAUUAAGAAACAGUGGACUAGAUGAACGAUUAGAUGAAAAUGUAGCCGUAGUUGUAGAACCAUCCAGUGUCUUACCAUUGCUUGCACAAACUCUCCAAGGCACGGUAAAUGCAGACUCUUCUGAAAAAGGAACUGAUACACUCUGUACUAAUACAGACGAAGCAAACUUUAAUUGUCAUGUUAGUGAGAAUGAAUCAGGUGUUGAAAAAACUGCUGCAGAGCUGGAGGGUGAAUCGUGUAAACCAGAAGAUAAUAAACCUUGUAAUAAUAAUAAUGAGUCGAAGAGUGUUUCACAAGUUGCAUUGGUUGAUGGUAAUCAUAUUGGUGGAAAUUUAGACACCGAAGAGGAAUUUCGAGAGAAAAGCAAGCUGGAUGAAGCAUCAGAUGAUCUGCUUACAAGUCCUCGAAUAACUUCAAAGAUACAGAUAAAUAAGGUGAAAUGUCGAUCAGCUUUAAAAGAGACUCAAACAGCUGUAAAUUCUACUACUGAAAACCAUUGUGAAAUAAUUAAAAUUCCCAAAGUUGUUCUUCUCACUACCGAAGAUACUUCUGAUGUUAAGUCCACUUCGUAGUUAUAUUAUUAUUAUUGUUCUUAUUACUACUUUAUUUCAUAUAAAUUACUUCCUGCAACCAUUCCAAAAACAACUGGGUGAUACGCUUUAUUCGCAUUUAUAUAUAUAUAUAUAUAUAUAU